CCGAGUCCCCGCCCGCCUCGCCGCGCCGCGCCGCCAGCGCCGCGCUCUCCUGCGUGCAGCCGCCCCGCACCGCCGCCGCCGCGCAGGGACCCGGCACCAUGGCUUCUGGAGUAACAGUGAAUGAUGAAGUCAUAAAGGUUUUUAAUGACAUGAAAGUAAGGAAAUCUUCAACCCCAGAAGAGAUUAAAAAAAGAAAGAAAGCAGUUCUCUUCUGCUUAAGUGAUGACAAAAAACAAAUAAUUGUAGAGGAGGCAAAGCAGAUAUUGGUUGGUGACAUUGGAGAUACAGUGGAGGACCCCUAUACAGCCUUUGUGAAGUUACUACCUUUGAAUGAUUGCCGAUACGCUUUGUAUGAUGCCACGUAUGAGACAAAGGAGUCUAAGAAAGAAGACCUGGUAUUUAUAUUCUGGGCUCCUGAAAGUGCACCUUUAAAAAGCAAGAUGAUCUACGCAAGCUCUAAAGAUGCCAUUAAAAAGAAAUUUACAGGUAUUAAACAUGAGUGGCAAGUAAAUGGGUUGGAUGAUAUUAAGGACCGUUCAACACUUGGAGAAAAAUUGGGAGGCAACGUGGUAGUUUCACUUGAAGGAAAACCCUUAUAAAAAGACAGACAAGUGCCAUCUGGAUCUAAGGAGCUUCCAUUUCUGCAGCUCGUUCAAUUGGAAUAGUAUUAGUCUCCCUUCCCCCUUCCCCUCUUGAAAAAAAUAAGUCCUUUCCCUGCGCCCCUGAAGGAGAUGUCAUUGUUAAGCAGUCUACCAGUGGUUGCCAUUAGACUGUUUAAUCCUGGUAGUUUUAUGUAGGAUCCAAGGAAUGCUUUCACGUCAUACUCUUAGCCAAAACUGACGUUGCAUGCGUUCCUUGCAACAUGUACAACGAAUGUGAUAGUUAAUGUGAAUAGUCUAGCAGACAGCAAAGGGUAAGCUAAUUGAAUGCCUUGAAAGUAUUGUCCACUGGUCGGAUGGUAGACUCUAUACAGUAUUACUUACAGUUGCACUUGAUUGCAGUUCCAUGAGGCUCUUGUGCAUUCAUACACCUCACCUGCCUUGACAAGCCUAUUUUUGUGACAUGGCAGCACACAACACUAUGCAUUUAAAGCACUUUUUUGUAAUAUGUUUGACUCCCCUCCCUGCCCCCCAAAAGGAAUGCCAAUUAAGUUGCUGUAACUGUGUCAUCAAAUUAUUGUAGUACCUCAGUUUCAUUCCUGUUACAUGCAUAUCUUUAUAAACAAAAUAGCUGUUACGAUGCCUUUUGUUUUCCAUUGAAUGUACACUACUGAACAGGAGUAGAAGUUAUCUGUUUACCAUGUGAGUCUUGAAACACUAAAGUUCUGUAAAACAUCAGUCAUGAUGGCAAUUUCUGUAUUAAAAAGAGCCUUAAAUGGAACAUUGUUUUUUUUUUUUGAGAUCAAAAACUGGCCACGUUGCAAUAAAACUUGUGGCUUAUUACAGAAUGUUGCCUUGUUUUCAUUGGAAAAUACAGUUUUUAAGUAUGUUUAAUUUAAGCAUAUUUCAAAUAACUUCCGUGGAAAGUAUUGUAAAGAUAAACAAUCAUUAAUCUCAUCUUAAAUAAUGCAAGUUUUUCAUUCCUAGUCAUGAUUUAGGUACUGCUUUACAAUACUUUAUGUGACUCUAUUCUGAUCAUUGGAUAAAGGACCUAUUCCUAGUUUACCAUUUGACUAAAGAAGCUACCACUACUAGAGACUAUUAGUUCCAUGAACCAUGAAACAUUGUGUUGGAAACGUAGAAAUAUGAAAUAAUUAACCAUACAGUGUGUUUCGUACCUGAAUGUUCUUAAAGUUCUACAUGCCAGAGUAAAACCCUUAAUGCCAUCUUACAACUGUCUGUCAGUAAGUUGAUGUGUAAUGACAGUCAUAUGAUGUGCAGAAUAUGCGUCAGUAAAUGUUCUUUGUUUCUUAAAUGUUACAGUUAACACUGACUUGGUACAAGAAAUAUCCUAAAUGAAUUGUUCUACUUGUUAACUCUUAUGUAAAUAGAACUGGAAAGUGUUUGCCACUACUUAGGCUUGCACUGGGGACAUGUUUUGGCUGAGAGCCGAGUAAUGCUCUCCUUAUAGAGAAUUUGAUCUGCUCUGUGUGAGCAAUCCUCUGUUAGCCAGAGCUAUUUAUGGCAAACACAUGCUUUUGUAUCUUGUCAUCGUUAUCCACAAAUGGCAAAACUGGACAUGAUUCUACUGGUAUGCAUGAAGGAACUCUGUGAGGCAGCCAAUUGCAGCUGAAAUGUGCAUGCUGCCAGAAGGAAUGCUUUUUAUCAUUACCUUAUUUUAAAAAGCUGGUAAAGCUGAACUGUGGAGCUUUUAAAUAUUGGCCCCUUUUUUUCAGUCCAUAACCCUUUUUCAACAGUGAAGCAGAAAACCAUCAAAAUCUUCCCUCCUCCCCUUUAUUAGUUUAAAUAACUAGUAAUGCUGUGUUUAGGCUCUCUUGUCCUGUAGAACUUUAAGACUUUAUUUCAGGCUUCUGGCUAUCCCUGUGACUUACACACUUCAUUAUGUUAGCUGUUCUCUGUAGACUAAACUUUAUUAGAAUUUAACUAAAAAGGCAUGAUGACCACUGACUUACUAAGUGUAUUAAUGAGUUCUGGUUUUGUUCCACAAAACUCUCCUUUCAGGUACCUUUUAUUAAGGUUGAGAAGUAACUGAUGGUAUGCAUGUUGUCUAUAAAAGUAAUAAUAAUUCUUUUUAUUCCUCAAAAUAGUCUAUUUCAUUUCUGAUUAUUCACGUUGUGUGCAAAGCCCAGUUUAAUGUAAAGAUCUCCUUUGUGCUUAAUGUUUGACUUGAGUUCAAUGCAGUAUAAUGGAAUAAUCUUUUAACUGAUUUUCACAAGCUAUACAUGGUUUCUUUAGAAAAAGCCAAAACUGAAAAUGUUAAAUUUUAAUAAACUGUUUAAAUCUCAUUUUAGACAGUCAACUUUUUUUAAGCGGUACUGUGUUUAAACUUAGUGUUUGUCUCUGCUACAAACAGUCUGGAAAAAUGUCUGUGGCCUCUAAGUUGAACAUUAGAAUUUUUUUUUUAAGCUAGCUUAGAUGUAUAUUCACCCAGUCUAAGUAGAUAUAAAGUCAAAGCACAAAUUGCAUUUAUGUAAGAGUCUGAGCGCCUACUAAAACAAAUUUUGGAUCAAAAAGGAUCAGCCUGCCUGUAGUUUGUUCUUGAAAUGACUGACUGAUGUGAGGUCCAAUUCACAUGGCUUGCUUAAAAAAAAAAAAAAAAGUGCUACAGAACUGUACUGUUUGAAUUAUAAAACAAAUGAGAGACAGCUGGCAUCUGUUCCAAAAUGGUUUGUCAGCUGUUGUUUUCUGUCAUUAUGCAAAAUGGUGAGGGCCUCAUUGUGGUCUAGAAGUAGAGGAAAAUCCUCUCGAGUUGAAUAUCUUCUGUGUAUCUCCAUGUAGAUGUGACAUUUGGGUAUUUUGGCUUCAGUUACUUUAUUGAUAAAGAAAUGUUAAAUAAAAAUUUUCAUGAGAGUAGCAUGUGCAGAAAUGGCAUUUUUCUUUUAAAACUGUUACAAAGCCAGCAGUUACCUCGAUUCAGUAAAUUCUGAAAGAGAUACGGACAUACGGGUGUGAUUUCUCUGAAAAGGGAAAUUAGCCCAAGAUUAGGGGGAGUUAGUGAGGUUUAUGCUUGUGGCAAUUUUGGAAAUACAGAGCUUAAUAUUACAAGGAUAUCAAUGUAAGAAUCAUUCCCAGACAGAUCAUUAAACAGAUUUUGAGUAUGUUGGGCUAAAGCCCAAUGAGUUAAUUUCUUUAAAUGGAAGUCUUUUUCUGCUGUAAAGCUAACUCAGAACAAGUAAUGGAAUAUUAUAGAAAUCAAAUUGCCACUAAUUGAAAAUAAGCUAUACUCUCUUAUACCAAUUCUGGCAAAAACCAAAUGUUCAUGUCUUUUUUUUAUAUAUAUAUAAUAUAAUUCUAAAAGUUCACUUUAGUUUGUGGUGGAGAGUUAAUGACUGUAGAGUGAAAACAUGGCACCAAUGAUGGAUGAGUCAUCACUGUAGCACCUGUCUUUAAGUACUGAAUUUCUUUUAAAGUAUUUCUGAUUUUGAAAACCUAGUAUAAAUAAAAUUAAUUUAAAUGUC